GCAGUGUGCGCGCCGCGGUAGAGUUGAGCGCUGCUGCUCGCGUGUGCGCCCACUCCAGCGGGGGUGGCGGCGGUGCGCGGGAGGGUUUAUAGGACGGCUGAGUGACGCGCGGUGACGCGGCUCCCCUGCUUGCGGCUCGCGGCGCAAACCUUCAUGAAUUAUACAGAUGAUCCGUCCCGUCGGCCGCGACGAUCCGCUCCGCGUUAGCGCCCAGAAGCAAACAGCCGGCGAGCCGGCCGCUCGUAUUUAUACUCCUCGCGCCGCUCCCCUCCGCGCAGACAUGCCGACUGGGAGGGGCGACCCGCGCAAGCCGCGCUCAUAAGCGGCCCUACACUUUAGCCGAGACGUUGCCCAGCGAUGUGUUGUUACUGAAUGCUUAGGGAGUAGUGUCGCUGCUACUGCUGCUGUUGCUGCUGCUGCUGUUAUUAGUAGCAGUAGUGGAGUGCGCUCGACUAGAGUAGGAGCCACAGAGGCGUAAUGCGGUUGAGAAGCGCGUGCAACGGUGGGGUGACCCUUCUCGCGUUGCUGCCGCUGACAGCUUUGGCUCUCGUGAGCGGCGACCCGCUCUUCACGAACCAUUUUCUGGUGCAGCUGCAUCAGGGAGACCUCGGCGUUGCUGGGCAAGUGGCGCGGGACCGCGGCUUCAUCAACCAUGGCCAGCUCCACUUUGCUCAGGACCUCUUCCACUUCUCCCACCCCGCGGCGGCGCGGGCGAGGAGGCGGCGCAGCCUCUCUCACCACCUCCGCCUCGAGAGGGACCCCAGGGUGAAGCGCGUGGUGCAGCAGGAGGGAUACUCGCGAAACAAGCGCGGAUACAAGUCCCUGGACAACUUGAACAUCGACAUGAACGACCCGCUCUUCAGCAAGCAGUGGUACCUGAUAAACACGGGGCAGGCAGAUGGGAAACCUGGACUGGAUCUGAACGUGGUGGAGGCUUGGGAACUCGGCUACACGGGCAAAGGAGUGACCAUCGCCAUCAUGGAUGACGGUAUCGACUACCUUCACCCGGACCUUGCCGCCAACUACCAUGCCGAGGCCAGCUACGACUUCAGCAGCAACGAUCCCUUUCCGUACCCACGCUACACCGACGACUGGUUCAACAGCCAUGGAACCCGCUGUGCGGGGGAAGUUUCUGCAGUCGCCAACAACAACGUGUGUGGAGUGGGAGUCGCGUACAACUCGCGCGUGGCAGGCAUCCGCAUGCUGGACCAGCCCUUCAUGACGGACAUCAUCGAGGCGUCGGCCAUCAGCCACCUGCCCCAGAUGAUCGACAUCUACAGCGCCAGCUGGGGCCCCACGGACGACGGGCGUACUGUGGACGGCCCUCGUGAGCUCACUCUGCAGGCCAUGGCCGACGGCGUCAACAAGGUUCGCUCCGGGAGUCGGGCGAAGAUGGGCCAUGGGGCAGAGCGGCUGUGGGGAGUCGAGAGGGCGUAG